AAUAGAGAUACAGAGAGAUGUCAGAGAGAGAAGAAGAAGAAACUGAACAAAAACAAACCCUAAUAUUCUUGUACGGCACUCUGAAACGAGGCUUCCCUAACCAUCGUCUCAUGCAAGACCUAAUCUCCUCCAACGACGCCUACUUCGUCGGCGACUACCACUCCCUCCAUCCCCUCCCCCUCAUCUGCGGCCCCCACGGUGUCCCCUUCCUCCUCAACCUCCCCUCCUCCACCGCCGCCCGCCACCGCGUCCACGGCGAGCUCUACUCCGUCUCCCCACGCGCCCUCCUCCCCCUCGACCACCUCGAAGGCAUCUCCCUCGGCCACUACGAGCGCCUCCCUAUUCAACUCCUCCCUGCCAACGACGGCGGAGGAGCGGUGGUGGAGGCGGAGGCUUAUUAUGCCCAUCGGAGCUACGCGGAGGAGAUGUGGAGGAGGAAUGGGAUGGUAGGGUUUAGAGUUUAUUCGGAGAAAGAGGCAAAAGAUUACGUGAGAAGAGAUCUGAGGCCCAAGGAUAGGACUUUUCUGGAGGACAUCCAACUGUUUGUGUCAUCUUCUUCGUCGUGAGGCAAUUGCAAUGAAUUUGUUGAUUACGUUUUUAAAUAUUGCCUAUACAUAUCUGUUCAUCUGAAUUGUUUCGAUUUGGUUGCCAAAGUCUUUUAUUUGUGACAUUGUGAAUUAAAAAUAAAAAAAUAAAUUAAAAAAAAGAAAAAAAAAUUGAAUCGAAUUAUGCAUUGAUUUUUCUUUUUAGUUAAUACAAACAAAAGGAUGGUCAAUUUAAUUUCUAAACUUUACAGUUUUGUUGUUUUGAAUCGAUUUUAUGAAUGAUUUUUUUUUUCCCUUUUCCUGUACAACAUUUUCCUUUUAUGUUCAUUGAAUAUUAUUAUGCAUCUUGUUAAUUAAAUUAUGUCCCAAGUAGGAAAUUUGAACAUCAUUGACGUCCUCAAAACUUAUUCUCUGCACUAUGAUGAACUAGAAGGUGUGCACACCCGAUGGGUGUGCUAUGAAAUAAUAGAUUGAUCUUUUACUGAUUGACCCAAAAAAAUGUAGAUGAAGAGAAAAGAAAACUGGAGAAGUUAUAAAAAAAAUUGAAAUUAAAAAAUUAAAAAAUGAGGGAGUUGCAGGUCAAUUUGGGAAUGAA